AUGGGAUAUAAGAUAUAUUCUAACUCUGACUUAGUUCAAACAGUAACAUGGGCAAACUAUGAAUGGUUCGCUUUGAGAAACUCAGUACAACCACAAGCUAGAGAACAAACAGACCAGUAUGCAACUAUUGAGAAAAUAAGAAGACUUGACCCUAACGUUCCAGGAGUUUAUGUUAACCUUUCUGGUUCAGAUGGAAAUGCUGCCACUAAAGUAAAACUGAAACUUAGAGUUCCUUUGUCAUCUUUCCUCAUCUUCAGGUUUUUAAGAUACUUGCCAAACUGGGCAGGAAAAAUUUCUAUCGAACUUACUCCAAGCAAAAAUAACUUAGUCAUUGCACCAACACAAGACCCAUUCACUCUUACAGACGUAAAGGGAACAAAUCAAACGUCAUUCGCCGACUUUUGCAAAGACAAAGUUGACUUAGACUUUGGUUUCUCAAACUUCAACACUGAAGUAAACUAUUAUUUCAAUGCUGCUGGAACUGCUUGGGACCCAGUUAAGUUCACAUGCGAAAAAUUUGAAUGCAAGAGAAUAGAAAGCAGACUUGCCGUUUAUAUGUUGGACCAAGAUAUUUCAAAUGCUUUAGCUGCCAAAUAUAUUGCAGUUCCACUUAUGUUCCCUAUACACCAAAUAUCUGUCAAAGACUUUGCAGGUGAAGUUGGAAACCAAAGUGCUGACCCAGGUGCAAGAACAGAUAUUGCUUUAACAACUGCAAUGAAACAUGCAGAUACUAUGUUUGUACUGUUCAGACGAACUAUAAAUGACUAUUCUUGUUUCUACAACCCCGGUAUUAAAUAUCAUAUAAACAUAGAUGGCAAAUAUUAUCCAAGAGAAGAAUAUUCUACAGUUGAGGAUAUGAGGUCAUACAACUUGACAUUAGAUGCUAUGAACUUUAACAACAACUUCACAACAACCAUUAACCCUGAAAUGCAAAGUUCUAUUAUGCCAUAUGUGAAAGUAUGGACUCAUACAGGAA